GGGAAUCUUUUCGCGCCAAAUUUUUAAUCGUCGGAUUCACAACCCGGAAUGUCGUCGGAAGCAAGUGAGCACCAGAAUAACGCCGUUGCGGUGAUCCCACCGACGGCAGCGGUGGUAGAGCCCGGAAAGAUGUUCCAGUGUGUGCACUGUCCGAAGUUGUUCCGAUCUACCGCUGCCCUGCAGCGACACACGAAUAGCCACCAUCCGGCGUUCGAACGCUGCCCUAUGCAGUGUCGGCUAUGUCCGUAUCUUACCAGCAAGCGUUUGGAGUUCUUUCGUCACCACCGGGAAUCCCAUCCCGGGAUUACUUGCUGCUACUGCUGUCCGUUGUGCCACAAGAUUUACCGAGCGUUGGGACAGUUUUACGACCACUGUUUGGUGCAUAUGGCGCUGAACGAAUACGAGGGUGGCGCUGGCGAGGAUCAGGACAUGGCCAGUGUUGAGAACUUGGAGGUUGGCUUGGGGGAGGAUUCUUUGGAUGAUCUACGAGAUGCGGGGCCGACUGAUUCGGAUUUGCCGGACUUGACAGUGGAUUUUGCAGUGGCAGAAAUUUCAACAAGUUUCACAAACACUCCACCUGUUAACGGAAAAAGCUCAAACUCAAUCGAACACUCAACGGCCGUUAAACGUCCUCGCAGCAGUAAAUGUUUGAUGCCAUCGACUGCUCCACCAUCUAAAGCACAAACUCAUCGCUGUCCCUACUGUCCGGAGCAAUCCCAAGUGCCCAACUGGCUUCAGGUCCACGCGUACAUGUGUCACGGCGCCCUGGUUCCAACGGCUCUUCAGUUCAUGUGCGUCCACUGCGAUUCGAUCGAGACGGAUUCGGUCAAGUUUGAAGCUCAUUACCGGGACCAACACGCCGAGUUACCGUUGACCUACAAGUGCCCCACAUGUGGCAAAUUGUACCGCAGACUGUUUUUCUACGAAGCGCACUUUAAAUCGCACGCAAUUCCACAGCUACUAGAGAAGCAUGGACUACCCAAGGGAAAUGAACAUUCGUUCACCAGUAGCGAGUCUCAGUCCUUUGCGUGUCCCGAAUGUUCGGCAACGUGCGCAGAUUUGACCGCCUACGAAACCCACUUGCAGGAGAAACACGCCGAACUUGGCCUCGGUUCCAACCAUGAUCCGGGCUGCUCGGCACUCUCUGCCAACUCUAUAAACGACGAUGCCCACCAAGAGGUCCUCCAGUGUCUGCUGUGCCAGCGAAAUUUCACCGACGCCACCAGGCUCGUCCGCCACCAGGAGGCGUGCCUUUUGGGCCGCGGAAUGCCCACCGCCGAAACUGAAACAGCCCCGGAAACCGAAGACGUGGUUUUGGUAAAGGAGGAGAUCGACUGCUACCUUACCGGGGCAAGCUGGUACAAAGAAGUGGUCAUCCCGCAGUCGAAGGUUUACUCGUGCGCCGAGUGCGACAAACGGUUCGAUUCGCUGGCGCUGGUCGAGCGACACACGAUUGCGGAACACUGUCCGGAGAACCUGUCGCUGCUGUACAAGUGCAACAAGUGCGCGGAAACGUUCGGAGGAUUCGCCAUGUUCCAGAGGCAUUCUCUGAAGCAUAUUUAA